CCGGGAGGUCCCUGCGGGGAGACCAGCGUGGACCUCUUCGGGGGGCUUCUUCGGAGAUGUGCGCCCAGGGGUGGCCGCUAAGGGAGGCAGACUGGGCGCUCCGGAGCGCCUGAGCUGAAAGCGGCCGGAGAGGGGCCGGCAUGGGCGCCGAGCCGCCCGCACCUUGGCUGCUGCUCUUCACCUGGCUCCCAGCAGGGUGCCUGUCCUUGCUGGUAACCGUCCAGCACACAGAACGUUACGUCACCCUGUUUGCUUCAGUCACCCUCAAAUGUGAUUACACCACCUCUGCUCAGCUCCAGGAUGUGGUGGUGACGUGGCGCUUCAAGUCCUUCUGCAAGGACCCCAUCUUUGACUACUUCUCUGCCUCGUACCAGGCAGCACUGUCCCUAGGCCAAGAUCCCUCCAAUGACUGCAAUGAUAACCAGAGGGAAGUUCGCAUCGUGGCCCAGCGGAGGGGGCAGAAUGAGCCUGUGCUGGGGGUGGAUUACCGGCAACGCAAGAUCACCAUCCAGAACAGAGCUGAUCUAGUGAUUAACGAGGUGAUGUGGUGGGACCAUGGAGUAUACUAUUGUACCAUUGAGGCACCAGGGGACACAUCAGGAGACCCAGAUAAGGAGGUGAAGCUCAUUGUCCUCCACUGGCUGACGGUGAUCUUCAUCAUCAUGGGAGCCCUCCUCCUCCUGCUGCUGAUUGGUGUGUGCUGGUGCCAGUGCUGUCCUCAGUAUUGCUGCUGCUACAUCCGUUGCCCCUGCUGUCCUACCCGCUGCUGCUGCCCUGAAGAAGCCCUGGCCCGCCAUCACUACAUGAAGCAGGCUAAGGCCCUAGGUCCUCAGAUGAUGGAAAAACCCCUGUACUGGGGGGCAGACAGGAGCUCCCAGAUUUCAUCUUAUGCCAUGAACCCUCUGCUACAGCAAGAUCUCUCCUUACGGUCCAGCUUCCCACAGAUGCCAAUGACCCAGGCUGCGGCGCACCCUCCCGUGGCCGAUGGUGUCCUGGAGUAUUUGGAGAAAGAGCUCCGGAAUCUCAACCUGGCCCAGCCUCUGCCUCCGGACCCCAAAGCCAGAUCGGCCCAUCCCUGCAGCAUGAUUUCUUCCCUGGGCUCCGAGGUGGUGGAGCGCAGAGUCAUCCAGCUGCCCCCGCUCAUCAGAGGCCCCGCGGCCUCCUCCAGGACCAGCGUCUCCUCCCCCCAACAGUGGCUGUCCUCGGCUCCCCUGUCCAGAUCCUGGGACCUGGAGGGCAGGAGGCAGCACCCUGACUUCUACCAGGAACUCCAAGACCGGGGACCGAAACCCUGGAGUCUGGGGAGGAAGGAGCUGGACCCCCCGUGGAGUGGCCGGCGCUCCCGCUCCCGGUGGAACGGGGCGCCCCCGCCGCCCUGGUCGGACGGGGACAGCCUCAGCGAGGGGCCCCCGUCGUCGUCCAGGGAGGCGCGGUGGAGGCCGCGUCGGGAGAGGCCGCGCGGACCCAGCCCCGGGCCGGAUGCGCAGCGGAGGUCGGGGAGACCCCGCGGCCGGCGGCCCCGCAGCUACUCCCCGCCGCAGACCUCGGGCCUCAGCUCCUGGAGCUCCGAGGACGAGAAGGAGGCCACCCCUCCGAGCCGGGGACCCCAGGGCCGCCGCUGCCGCCACCGCCGCGGGUCCCAUUCCCCAAACCUGCCCGAGGAGAAGCCACCCAGCUACCGCUCGCUGGAUGUCACUUCAGGCAAGAAUGGCAGGAAAAAAGGGAGUGUGGAGAGGCGCUCGGAGAGAGAGAGCUCCCAUAGUGGAAGGAGUGUGGUCAUUUAGUCACCAGGCACAGCACGAACCUCCUGUGGCUAUUCCUGGGCUCCUGUGUGUCUCAGCAUUGCCCAAACUUCCAGCUGACUUGAGAAAGACACUGCAAGUUUGUACCUAACACUUUUGGCUUAGAUUCUGAGCAUCAAAUAGCAGCCAAGAGCUUUAGCCUGGAUUCAUGCUCUUUGAAUAGUUAUAUAGUCCCUGACUUGUAACAGACUCUCACUGGAUAAAUGACUGAUCUCUCGGGAAUUUGGUUGUGACAGGGGUAACAGUGCCAUUCUCACAGUGAGCACUCAUGAAUGUUUAAGAAGAAACCACCUUUGUUCCAGAAACAGGAAAUCUACGGAAUAUCACAAGAAUCUCAAGGGUACUUCUGUAUUAGGAGUCCGGCCUGCUUCUUGUAUCCUCAGUCCUGAGUAUGCCUGAGUUUCCGGUCAGAACCGGCAUAGAAAUUCCACAGCAAUGUAUCCUUUCACCCUGUUUAUUCUAAGUGUAGGCAUGACAGACAGGGUAAUGAUUUUGUGCCAGUCCCUUCCUGUUUCUUGUUUUCUUCUUGCUUUGUAGUGAUUUUAUGCCAGUCCCUUCCUGUUUCUUGUUUUCUUCUUGCUUUUUUUUAAACCCCUCUACAUCUAUUUAUAUUUUCUUAUUUAUGUGUUCACUAGUAUCCCUUUAAAUGUUUCUGGAGAACAACGCUGUAUACAUUAGGAAAAGAACCGAUGUAAUGGGCUAAGGGUUUUCUUCCAAAUAAAUAUCUGCUUUUCUA